AUGGCUCGAGUAAUGCAUGGUAGGUACUUCAGGAACAAACACCCUCUUUCGGCUCAAAAACCAUAUAACCCUUCUUUUGCUUGGCGGAGUAUUUACUCAACUAAGGCAUUAGUGGAGCAGGGUGCGAGAUGGGCAGUAGGCUCUGGCUGUUCCAUCUCAGUGUGGCGGGAUCCGUGGUUACCAGAUACUCGUCCAAGACCAGCUAAUGGUCGAGGUCGACUAUUGCUUCCAAGUUUGAUGGGUAAUCAUUUAAUUAAUCCAUCUACGAAGGAUUGGCAUUUACCUAUUCUGGAGGAGUUUUUUGAUCCGGAGGAUAUUCCGGUUAUUCGGAGUAUAGCGGUCAGCAAAGUUUUUAAACCAGAUUCUUUAGUUUGGCAUUUUACUAAAUCAGGGAAGUACUCGGUGAAGUCUGGUUAUCGGUUAGCACGGGAACUAAUCACGGAAGUGGAAAUUGGACCUACGUGCACGGCUCUUCGCGCCCAUGCGUGGAAACUUGAGGUUCCUUCCAAGGUUCAACAUUUUUUCUGGCAGGUCGCUUCUGGAACUCUUCCUGUAUUGGAACGGCUUGCACACCGCGGUAUCCGAUGUGAUAUGCAGUGUAAGCGGUGUGGUCUGAAAUCGGAGACCAUUAACCACGCUCUUUUUGAAUGUCCGCGAUCAAUGAGUAUUUGGGAGUUGUCUCCUUUAUCACUAGAAGCCGAAGGGCAAUCCGGGAUUACUAAUAUUUCUAUUUAUCUCCCUUGGAUACUUUGGUCGAUAUGGAAAGAUAGGAAUAAAAAGGGUUUGGGGUGGUUUUGUGAUGGGGAUGAUUCAACAAUUCUCUUGGGAGCUCGGAGUCAGCGACGAGGCCUUACCCCCUUACAUGCGGAACUUCAAGCCUUGCUCUGGGCCAUGGAGUCUAUUUUGGAGGCAAGAGUGGAUUGUCAAGCUUUUGAGACGGAUUGUGCAGAGCUUAUCGCGAUGGUGCAGAAGCCCGACGAUUGGCCAGCCUUUACGAUUUUACUGGAGGACUUCUCUAUUCUCAGAUCUUCUUUCCCUUUCUUCACUCUGGACAGGAUCCCUCGUGAGUCUAACGUAAGAGCAGAUUGUUUAGCCCGGUCUUCAAAGACCUUAGUUUUUGAAAUUUCAUUUGUAAACUCUUUCCCUCUGGUUUGGGCGACCAAUCUUGGAGUUCUCUUUUAA